AAUGGAAUCACAAAUUCCGAUUCCAGGCCCGGCCGGCACUCAGCCUGCCUGAGUGAGGCAGCGGCCGUCUCGCACGGUCCACACGCUCCCCAUUCCCCAAGCCGACGCCUCCACAAUCCAAAUCCAUGGCCGCCCUCCGCGCGUCCCCGCUCUUCCUCCCGCAGCCCCUCUCGCCGUCCUCCCGGUCCCGCCGUUGCGCCGCCUGCCGCGGGGUAGCCGCCGCGGCCAGGCCCGGCCCCGCUCCCUACAGGCCCGGCGUCCAUGGAGGCGGCGCCAAGAAGAGGCUUCUUGCGAGCAGGAGGAGGCCGGGAUGGGUGGGGCUGCCUUGCUGCCUGCCCGCGACGGAGGAGGGGGUUGCUGCGGCGGCCGCUGCUACUGAAGAGGAGGACGGGUACCUGGCGCGGGAGGCCGGGUGGGGCGUGCGGCGGAUGGGGCGGGUCGGGGAGGAGAUGCGGCGGGUGGCGCAGGUCCAGGCCGAGGCCUUCCACGUCCCCGUCGCCCUCUUCAACGACUUUUUCUUCGACUUCUUCAAAAUUAGGCCGAGGUGCUGUCGGCGCUCAUCUACAGGGUGAGGAACUCGCCGCCGGACAGGUGACUGACUCAUGCUCUUGCUAUCUGGGCUUCGAAUCAGUGGUUGCAGUGUUGAAAUCGUUGCGCUGUUUUCCUCUGCCUGCGGGUUCUGAAACAGGCAGUGCUUAACUUCAAUCUUUUGGGUUGGAUUAGGUUACCAUUAGUACAUCAAUCUGAAUCGAGUAGCAGGGGCGAAGCCACGUUAACCCACCCUGGUGCACAGGCACCAGGCUACAAAAAUGUUUUACGAGCUAUUAAACCGUAUCCCAACGUUUGUGCACCACCCCUGCGACAACCGUGUGCACCAGGCACCUGGCUCGGCCUUCUUGCAAGGGCACGAUUUAUCCAGUACUUCAUUAGUUAGUGAAGCAUCGAUGAGAAAGAGUAUAGUACUAGUACUGAGUCCGACCAAUCGACAAACAUGGCUUGGCUGCUAUAUAUGCUCCACGCUAGCACUGGCUUGCAGGCACUAGUUAUUCAAAAUCACCUAAACUAUUAUUAGUUGAUUACAUGGUGUGCGACAUCUGUCGAAAAAAAGCAUACCUAUUUCUAGUUGUUAUUUUAAUUUAAACUUGAAAUGAAGCUCAGAUCUGUUGGUAGCUUUUGUACGGUAUGGAAUAAGAUGCUUUCACAUUUGCAAACCUAAAGGACAAAAAAAAA